CUUUUCCACUUGAUAGGUGAUCCUCAAGCCAUCUCUGUGGGACAGAAUUUAAAAUCCACUAAACUGAAUUUUUAGACUGUCUUCCAACUUUACAAACUCAUUGAUAUUCAAGGUGUCGUCAGCACCACUAGACUUGAAGACAUCUGCAGAAUUUCAAGGUUCUUCCUCCACAGUCAAAACUCAGGUAAAGUCCAGUAGGACAAUGGAGCAUGCAUGUGAGCAGAGGAGAUACACAUAUGUGUCCACUCUGUUCCUCACAGACCCAUUUGCAUAUAGCAUUCACAGUGUCCCAUGAGCACAGAAUGCAACUGCACCCAGGAUGCAUGGAGUUUCGGCGAGACUCAAAACUAUACAAUGAAGCUUGGAGAAGGGCCAUCAAAUUUUCAGUUCAUUUGCCAGGUACUUUAUGACCCAGGCUGCCUUCUGGAUCAGAAAGAUACUGGAAGCUGUAAAACACACAAAGCCAGGCUUUGUUAUCACCUCAGUGUGCGGAAGGACACCAGCCCUGAGUGUGUGCUACCUCAUGCCCCUGUCACAUGCUCCUACGUCUUCCCUACUCCACUUCCCCGGGUCCAUCCCUGGAUAGAAGAUGGAAGAAGCCAGAGUAAAACCUGGCUGCCUGGGCUGGCUGCCCUUACAUGGAGAAAGCACCAUUUGAAAUGGAAUAUACUUUGAAAAAUACCAAGUUUUACAGAAGCAAAGAAGUAAGAGAUCAGGAGCAGCUCCAUGGAACCCAUGAGCAUUGAAGAGAGGACCCUGUGGGCACUGAGAUCCAGUUCACCCAUGCCUAUUUCCUGUAAUGGACGAACUUGAUGCUAAUGUGAGUUCCAAGGAGGGUUUUGGGUCUGUGGAGAAGGUUGUGCUGCUCACAUUUCUCUCAGCGGUUAUCUUGAUGGCUAUCCUGGGGAACCUGCUAGUGAUGGUGGCUGUGUGCAGGGACAGGCAGCUCAGGAAAAUAAAAACCAAUUACUUCAUCGUGUCUCUUGCCUUUGCGGAUUUGCUGGUGUCAGUGCUGGUGAUGCCGUUUGGUGCCAUUGAGCUGGUUCAAGACAUCUGGAUCUAUGGGGAGAUGUUUUGCCUUGUCCGGACAUCUCUUGACGUCCUACUCACAACAGCAUCAAUUUUUCACCUGUGCUGCAUUUCUCUGGAUAGGUAUUAUGCCAUCUGCUGCCAACCCUUGGUCUAUAGGAACAAGAUGACCCCUCUGCGCAUCGCGUUAAUGCUGGGAGGCUGCUGGGUCAUCCCCAUGUUUAUCUCUUUUCUCCCUAUCAUGCAAGGCUGGAAUAACAUUGGCAUACUUGAUUUGGGAAGGAUAUCCAAACCAAGACUGGGCCAGGAUUUGCAUGUGAUAGACAAAAGGAAGUUCAGCCACAACUCUAACUCCACGUACUGUGUCUUCAUGGUCAACAAGCCCUACGCCAUCACCUGCUCUGUGGUGGCCUUCUACAUCCCGUUUCUCCUCAUGGUGCUGGCCUACUGUCGCAUCUAUGUCACAGCCAAGGAGCAUGCCCACCAGAUCCAGAUGUUACAGCGGGCAGGAGCCCCCUCAGAGGGCAGGCCCCAGCCGGCAGACCAGCACAGCACUCAUCGCAUGAGGACAGAGACCAAAGCAGCCAAGACGCUGUGCAUCAUCAUGGGCUGCUUCUGCCUCUGCUGGGCUCCAUUCUUUGUCACCAAUAUUGUGGAUCCGUUCGUAGACUACACUGUCCCUGGGCAGGUGUGGACCGCAUUCCUCUGGCUUGGCUACAUCAAUUCUGGGUUGAACCCCUUUCUCUACGCCUUUUUGAACAAGUCUUUUAGACGUGCCUUCCUCAUCAUCCUCUGCUGUGAUGACGAGCGCUACCGCAGACCUUCCAUCCUGGGCCAGACUGUCCCCUGCUCAACCACAACCAUCAAUGGAUCCACACAUGUGUUAAGGGAUGCAGUGGAGUGUGGUGGCCAGUGGGAGAGUCAGUACCACCCCCCAGCAACUUCUCCUUUGGUGGCUGCUCAUCCCAGAGACACUUAGGCCCCUGGGGCAGUGACCCGGAAGACAGCCAUCCCUCUGGGAGAGGCCAGGUCUAAGCUGCUGCUUGUGUGUGACUGCAUCUGGUAUUCUCUUCAUCCAGCAUCUCGUCUGUUGGUGCAGUCCCUUCACGUCCAUUGGGCUUUUCCUCCAGGAUUCCAGCAAGUGGCACUUGAGGGAGUCAGGGGACAGGACAGCCCCCUUGUUCCCUGGGGGCUCUCCUCCAGGGAUCCUCCUUGAAGGGAUCUUUUCAUUUCCCGGCGCUCCCUCUUCCUGGCAUCUUGCCCUUGCUGCACGCUCUCUGUUCCCUCUGAUAAGUCCCCUUACUGUGCCUGCUUUGUCUCGCUCGUGUUCCAAACAUGAUCAGUCACCGUGUCCUAUCUCAGUCAUAGAUGUCUCCGAAUAUUCCUUCUUUGCUGUGCCUGCUCACAGACACUGUCAGAACACAUCCUCCCUGUGCCUGUCUUGGUCAAAAAGCACACAUCUCUUGCUUGUUCACGUCUGUCACAGCCAUGUUCAAACGACUCUCUGGCUCAUCUCUGUCCUGCUCUGUGCCAGAUACUAAUGCACUUUCCUCCAGGAGUCUGGGUCCAAAUGUGCAUCCUCCUGGUCAGCCCCUGUGUCAGUCACAGAGUUCCACUUGCUCUUGCUUGUGUCCAUGUCAGUGCUUUCAGGACAUGCUCCAUUUAUUCACCAUGGAAGAAACCGGGCAAAGAUCCUUCAGGAGAAAACAGCUUCUGCGGCAACCCUGGAGGGAAGCCAAAGACAGACAGCUCCCCUGCUAGUCCUGGGGCCUCAGGACCUUCUGCUCUGAGACACUCGUCUUCCUAGAACAGACCUUGUCCUAAGGAGCCUUGGGCAGGGCCAGUGGCAUCAUAGCAUUUACUAAAAGACUUUGGAAUCUUUCCCAUGAGUUUGUGGCAAAGCCCAUGGUACCAAUUUAUAACCUUGAAUCUGGCCAUGUUGGUCCCAGAGGAGAGGCCUGUUGGAGGCUCACACCACCAAGACUUGUCUCUCACUGCAGUUUCCCCAGUGGAGGAGGCAGGACCAAGCAGUGCUGUGGAUUAGAAGACAUUGCUUCACUUGAAGUCAGAGGACAUGAAUUCCAGCCCUGGCUCCGCUCCUAACACGCUAUGAGAUCGGGACCCAUGCCCUUCCAUUCCUUGACCUCACUUUCUGCAUCUGUCAACUGCAGUUUGGACCAGGAGAUCACUCAGAUUCUCUCCGUUUCUAUGACAACAGGAUGCUGCUACAGCCGUCAGCUACCUCAAAAAGGCAUGGCCUGCCUGCCUUUUGACUUUGUUCCAAAGGAACUAGCUGUCUCAUUUGGGCCUUGUAGACCCUUGACCUUGCCAGCUUUGCCCUUCAGGUUUACCUGAAGGUCCUUCAUUCAAAGCUGAGUUCAUGGCUCUUGCCACCUGCCCCAGAGUGAAGGUCCUAGGGCGGUAAAUGCUGCCACAUCCCAGAGCUGUAUGAGGUUUCAGCUUUGGUCUUGGUUGUGAUUUGAUAGAAUCUCAGGACUUUAUCAUACUGUCCUCGUUCCUGCUGCUGAAGAAGUCUGUUUUCAUUUCCAUUGAUGUUACCUUUAGUUCUGGAAUUGCACCAGACUGGAAAGAGACUUUGGAAUGAGGAAGAGAAGAUUGCCUCAAAACCAUCCAAAUGCAAUCAAUCAAUCAAUCAAUCAAUAAAAUAAAAAUUCUGUGUUCUGCAAAGGCUUACAAUUUUUCUGGGAAGAAAGUCCAUGCCUUAGGGAAGGGAAAAAGCCUCUAACAAGAAAAGUGACUUGAAAUUCUUGAAUGCCAUUUAGAAAUACUGUGCCACGUUGAAAUGCUCCUGGUGUAGGCUGGGGAUCUCACCGAUCAGUGGAGCAGAUUCAUCUGGGGACCUAUUCUCAUCAUAUGUGAAGAAAGUUUAUUUAAGUCCUGACUUUCACAGUGACUCUGCCUGGACCAAUCGUCUUUGCUUUUCCAGGUCAUUAUUCCUCUGCCAAUUCUAGAUUGGGACUUAGGAGGCAACCGCCUUUUUGAGGAUGGUUCUUCUCUAAUACAAAAGAAAGAGCAGCAAGGUUUUGAGUCCCAAGGCCCUGAACCUGGCAGUGAGACCCACACUGUCUGUCUGGUUGCUACACACCGUCUACCGCCUCCAUGAACACGUAGUAAGGACGGGUGCAGCAGAGAAGCAGCACAGGCACUGAAUCAGCUGCUGACUUACUGUGUGAUGCUGGACCUCUCUGGUCUCGGAAACAAUCUCUCCUGACUUCUUUGGAAUCUGUCAACAAAGUUAUUGUGGAGAUAAAUAAGAUAAUUUUUGUGACCCAUUACGUAAAUCAUAAAAUGCUAUUCUAUUUGUUUAUUAUGACUUUGAAUGACUUUGGAUGCUCCUGGGCUCUCAAGGACUAAAAAUUUCUUAAUGAAGGAGUGAACCGAUUUAGUGAGUGAACUUUCUAUGUUAAAAAAACCAGUACCAAGACAGCAUCUUUUGGGGGUCAGUUCUUCCAAAUUCACUCCCUCGACGUUUGGUCACUCUCGGUUACCCAAUACACACCAUCACUGCAAUUUAUACAUCACAGAAACUCUCAUUUGAAGAGAUUUUGUUGUUCUCAAAGUAAAGGAAUGGGUGGAGAGAGAUGGGAACUAAAAACAAAUUUUUCAUGUAACUUCAGUGUCACAUAGAAUAAAUUCAGAUGCCUUUUUGCCAUGAAAACAUUUAUUGGAGAAAAAAGACAGGUCGUUGAAAUUAUCCCCACCCCAUAAAUUCUCUCUCUCUUUCUUCAUAUUUAUAUAUAUGUAAAUACUGUGAAAAGAACCCUCAAACAUGGACCAGACUAUAAAUUACCAGCUGAUAAGACUGUUAUAUAGUCUACUAAGAUGCUGAAUGAGAUAAUUUUAAGAUUGUUUUCUAAUCAGUCUGUGUAAAUGAUUAUUAAUUAUGGUUUAAUGUUAUUUAGCUAGCACCUUAAUUUUGUUUACGUUUUUAGUAAAGCAGAAUUACAAGUGGGGCCACUCAUACAGUUUCUAGGGCAGAGUUCCCUUAGGAAAUCAAUGUAUAAAAUACAUGUCUGCCUGUUAUAGAGAAUGUGGAGCUUAAUUAUAUAACUUCAAUGGACUAUAAAUUUUAAUGAUGUAGUAUUUUUGCUUUUAUGAAAUUGUUAGUUAUGCCUAUGAUUUGUCUGGAGCUAAAGCUUUGAAGUACUAGGAACCCUGAUUCUAACUCGUUUCUGUGGAGAACACCUUUGGCUUUAUAAUGAUCCACUUUUUGAUGCCAUUCCCAAGAAUGUGUUCUGGGAAAAACAGGAGCCUACAUGGAUUUGGUUUUUUUCAUUGAUAAAUUCUCUCUAUUUAUUGAUAAACGUUGAUAAGUUACACAUGUUUAUAUUUGUACAGUCUGUACAUGUUUAUAUAAAACAUAUAUGGAGGGAAAUCUUAAGUCUUAAAACUAUUGACAGAAUUUUGAAUACACAAUAAAAUGCCAAAGUCAAUUACGUA